AUGUCCCAAACGGAAACACAACUACAAAUGCAAGCAACACCACCCACAGUCUCUCCUCGCCCUGAGGACGCAAACGACCCCCGGACUGCAAACCGCGCACGAUUCGAACUCGAACUCGAAUUCGUCCAAGCACUCGCCAACCCUUUUUAUCUCCACACGCUAUCCCAACAAGGGAUAUUAGCUCAACCUGCGUUUGUGAAUUACUUGGAGUACCUGACGUACUGGAAGGAAAAAGACUACGCGCGGUUCAUCUUGUAUCCUCAUGCCCUACAUCAUCUCGAACUGCUGCAGCACGCCACAUUCCGCUCUGAGAUCGGGAAGGACGAAUGGAGGGAGUACUUGAACCAGAAGCAGUUCGACCAUUGGAGGACCUGGCGUGAACCACAACAUCUAAUCACCACCUCGGUCACGACGAAUGGUGCUUCACCCGGACAAUCCCAUGAUCCUGCAGGUGACAUUCAGGUGCAGACGCCGCGCGAGAUACAGGUCAAUGGGAACGGAGUUUCGUGA